CUCUCGCUCCUUUUUCUUGUUCGUCUCUCGUCAAGCCGUAAUCUUUCUCUCUCUCUCUCUCGCGGAGCGAGAAGAGGGAAGUGGAAAAUUCGUCCCACCUUUUCCUUUUACGCGUUCGUCAUGAAUUUCGCCGGUUUCGCCCCCUUCGUUUUCCUUCUCUUUCCGUCGAGAGAGGAGCAGCAGCUGCGAUCUCGGAGGUUGAAUCGGGAAGAAACCGAGGUUUCGGGAUGUGGGUACUGCUGAAUCAGAUCGAGAAGCUGUUUUCGCCCUUCGCGUCGAGGCUGGUAGCUGCCGAAACUGCCCAAUUCUCGACAGGAAAGAAGGACAGAGAGAGUCCCGCUCACUCGAAUCUUCGAAAAGAGAGAAGAGUUUUUGUUGUCUUGUGUGUGGGGGAAUAAGAGAUGGACAAGUGCUCGAGAGAUCUGCUGCAGAAGUUCAUGUGUUCGAGCAGCAGCGCGCACCGGCCGGAGUACAGGACACCCAACGAAGAAACGGAGGAGCUCGAGCUGAAUCUCGAGCUGUCGCUCGGCGGCAAGUUCGGCGUCGACAAGAGCUCCAGCAAGCUGUUCCGGUCGUCGUCGAUAGCCGGGGCGAUGACCCUCUUGGGCGAAGAGGACAGCCCCGCGACCUCGCCGCCUGUGCCGUACCCGUCUCUCAUGAGGACCGCCUCAUUGCCCACGGAGACGGAGGGGGAGGAGUGGAGGAAGAGGAAGGAAAUGCAGACGCUGCGGCGGAUGGAGGCGAAGAGGAGGCGGUUGGAGAGGCAGAGGAGCUUGAGGACCGAGAGGGAAAGCGGCGGCUGUGACGAAGAGAGGCCCGAAAUCGAGGGCAAACUGGGGUUGAACUCGAGGGAUAAGCAUCAGUUCUUGGUGGCUAAUGGGGUGUGCCAUGUACGAGAAAUCAAAUCAUACAUAAACGACGGAAUCCUCCAACGCCCUGAGAAUGCCAUGAGGUGUUACAAUAGUAAGGUGCCGCCUUUUGGGCUGGCCGGUUGGGCCGAAGCAGCCAAACAGGCCCUAAUUGGUGCCGGCGUCGUCGAUGUGGCGAUCAAAGGGAAGUGCGGGGCAUCCGGCGGCGGCGGCGGCAGCGGAUCGGUGGUGCCAGGGGUGGAGGCACAAGGACAGAUCUCAUUAGAUAGGUCAGAAUCAGAUAUUAAAUCUGCUCUAAUUCAAGGAUCGAGCAGUUGCAGGGAUGACAACGGCUCCAUCGUUAACCAGCACCUGCAAGAGCCAAACAAUAAACUGGUGUGUACGCUCUCGUCUAAGGUCGAUGAGAAUCUGAGCAAUACUCUAAUAAGAGCAGAAACACAGAGUCCGUCCAGGAAAUCCAAUUCGGUGGAUAAUGUAGGCAAAGAUUUCGUGGCGAACGCGACGGUGGAUAUGCCUUGGGUUUUCACGCGGGGCGACGGUCCAGACGGGAAGAGAAUAGAAGGCAUACUGUAUAAGUACGGGAAGGGAGAGGAGGUUAGGAUAGUGUGUGUGUGCCAUGGGAAUUUCCUCUCGCCCGCAGAGUUCGUCAAGCACGCCGGCGGAGGUGACGUCGCUAACCCGCGAAGGCAUAUAUUUAUCAGCACAAAUCCUGUUUUUUCUCAGUGAUAGUAGUAGCUCUGUCGCCCCCGAAAGAAAUAGUGGGGACGGAACUGGAAGGGAUAGAGAUUUUUCAAAAUUUUCUUGUUUCUCUCUGGAAUCUUUUGAAUUCUUGAUUUGCUUUCCUAUUCUUCAUCUGAAUAGAUCUACACAAGUCCGAGAUGCCCUCUUUCCCUGCA